AUGGGAAACCGUGGCAUGGAGGAGCUGAUCCCGCUGGUCAACAGACUGCAGGAUGCCUUCAGCGCCAUCGGACAGGCCUGCAACCUGGACCUGCCGCAGAUCGCUGUGGUGGGCGGCCAGAGCGCAGGGAAAAGCUCCGUGUUGGAGAACUUUGUGGGCAGGGACUUCUUGCCCCGUGGAUCUGGCAUUGUCACUCGUAGGCCCCUGGUGCUGCAGCUUAUCAGCUCAACUGCAGAAUGGGCUGAAUUUCUUCACUGUAAAGGGAAAAAAUUCACAGACUUUGAUGAGGUCCGCCAAGAAAUCGAGGCUGAAACGGACCGCGUCACAGGAGCCAACAAAGGCAUCUCUCCAAUCCCCAUCAACCUAAGGGUCUACUCUCCUCAUGUGCUGAACCUGACUCUGAUCGACCUGCCGGGGAUCACUAAGGUCCCUGUGGGAGACCAGCCAGCCGACAUCGAGCAACAAAUCCGGGACAUGAUCAUGCAGUUCAUCUGCAGAGAGAGCUGCCUCAUUUUAGCAGUGACCCCUGCCAACACUGACCUGGCCAACUCAGACGCCCUAAAACUGGCCAAGGAUGUGGAUCCACAGGGUCUUAGAACUAUUGGAGUGAUCACUAAACUGGAUUUGAUGGAUGAAGGAACAGAUGCUCGAGACGUUUUGGAGAACAAGCUACUUCCACUGCGACGAGGUUAUAUUGGUGUAGUGAAUCGUAGCCAGAAGGACAUAGAUGGAAAAAAAGACAUCAAGGCUGCCCUGGACGCUGAGAGGAAGUUUUUCUUGUCCCACCCAGCCUAUAGGCAUAUGGCUGAAAAAAUGGGUACACCACGCCUGCAAAAAAUUCUCAAUGAGCAACUCACCAACCAUAUCCGGGACACGCUGCCGGCGUUCCGCAGUAAACUCCAGUCCCAGCUGUUGGCUUUGGAUAAAGAGGCAGAGGAAUACCGAGGAUACCGACCCGAUGACCCAUCCCGCAAAACCAAGCAGCUGUUGCAGAUGGUGCAGCAGUUCUCAGUAGACUUUGAGAAGAGGAUUGAGGGUUCUGGUGACCAAGUGGAUACAGUGGAGCUGUCUGGAGGUGCCAAAAUCAACCGCAUCUUUCAUGAGCGCUUCCCUUUUGAACUGGUCAAGAUGGAGUGUGAUGAGAAGGAGAUGCGACGUGAAAUUAGUUAUGCCAUAAAGAACAUCCAUGGUAUCAGGACUGGACUGUUCACCCCAGACAUGGCGUUUGAAGCCAUUGUGAAGAAGCAGGUGAUAAAGCUGAAGGAGCCCUGUGUGAAGUGUGUGGACAUGGUCAUCCAGGAGUUGAUCAACACUGUGCGCCAGUGCUCCAACAAGCUGGAAUGCUUCCCCAGACUUCGUGAAGAGACUGAGAGAAUUGUCACAACCCAUAUUAGAGACAGAGAGAGCCGGGCUAAGGAACAGGUGUUGUUACUGAUUGACAUUCAGCUUUCAUACAUCAACACCAAUCAUGAAGACUUUAUUGGAUUUGCCAAUGCGCAGCAGAGGAGCAGUCAGACCAACAAGAGCCAGGGUGCAGCAGGGAAUCAGGUAAUCCGCAAAGGUUGGCUGACCAUCAACAACAUCAGCAUCAUGAAGGGCGGAGCCAAAGAAUACUGGUUUGUUCUGACUGCAGAGAGCCUUUCCUGGUUCAAAGAUGAUGAGGAGAAAGAGAAGAAGUACAUGCUGCCCCUGGACAACCUGAAGGUUCGUGAUGUGGAGAAGAGCUUCAUGUCGAGCAAGCACAUAUUCUGCAUCUUCAACACUGAGUCAAGGAAUGUCUACAAAGACAAUCGUACUUUAGAGUUGGCUUGUGAUUCUCAGGAUGAUGUUGACAGCUGGAAGUCCUCUCUUUUACGUGCAGGUGUCUAUCCUGAAAAGACUGUAACUGUUGAGAGUGAGACCACUAGCUCCACAGAUAACUUCUCAAUGGAUCCUCAGCUGGAGCGUAAAGUGGAAACCAUCCGUAACCUGGUGGACUCCUACAUGGCUAUUGUGAAUAAAUGCAUAAGAGACCUGAUGCCAAAGACUAUCAUGCAUCUCAUGAUUAACAAUGUGAAGGACUUCAUCAAUGCAGAGCUCUUGGCACAGCUGUACUCGGCGGGUGAUCAGAACGCCCUCAUGGAUGAGUCACAGGAGCAGGCCCAGAGGAGAGAUGAGGUGCUGCGAACCCACCAGGCUCUGAAGGAGGCUCUGGCCAUCAUUGGAGACAUUUCCACCACCACUGUUACCACACCUAUGCCUCCACCCGUUGACACUUCCUGGAUGGGUGGCAGUCGCAGAUCUCCUCCCCCCAGCCCCACUGCUCCCCGAAGGAUGUCUUCAGGCCAGCGUCCUGCUCCUCGAGGGGCUCCCCCGCCACCAAAUCGCCCUGGACCUCUGGGACCUUUCAAUAAUAGCGCUGAAAGCCCCCAGGCACCAAGCCGUCCCAACAGGGCUCCCCCGAGCAUCCCCAGUCGACGACCCCCUCCAUCUCCGACAAGACAAGCCCCUCCAUCUUAAACUUCUGAAGGGAUGGUCUGUUCCCUUAUCUCAUGCUCUCUGUCCCCCUCUAUCUUAGCCAUGGCUCUGCUGUUUGUGUCUUUCCUUAAUGCAGACACUCAAGUCUUUACCCCACUGACCCUCGAUUUCCUGCCAGGUGACGAUGUCCAUAUAUCUAUGUACAGUAUGGUACUUGUCUUGUGGUGUAUAUGUAUGUUGCGCUUGUUGCUCACCUGUGGUCCAGGUUUGCUUUGCUGGAUCCUCCUUUAGCCCCCCAAACCCUUUGCCAAGACCGUCACCUCCACCCCACUUGCUGCUUCUCCAUGAAAAUAUGCUCAGCAGUCGCACUGCCCUCCUCAUUCCAAAUGCAGCAUGGCACAUAAGCUGCUUUUAUUGCAUGGAAGUGUGUGUAUGUAGAGUGUGUAUGUGUUUGUGUGUAUGUAUAAAGGGGAGGGAUGAAUUGGCCUAGGUAUAGGCUGAAAUUGAUUUAGUAUUGUAUUAAUUUAUUGUAUAUCACCCUUAAGUGUUAAUUAUCAGCUUAAUGUUCUCCUAGGAACACAAGUUGUAUCUUAGUAUGUGAGUGUAUAUAGAGUAUGUGUUUGUGACAGAUUCCAUAGAUAUAAGACAGUCGGAUGCUACAUUCACCUUGUUCAAACUUACCAGAAGGUGCUCAAAUGGCAGCCAUAUUAGGAAGGUAACAUUAAAAAAGCAACAGUAGCUGAAUAGGUUCCCAAACAGUCUCCUUUUUGAAGUUUAUUAACUCAAUGCUCCUAUAAUGUUUUCCCAUGUCUGGCUGUCUCCAAAGAAAUGUGUAAUGUGUGGGUGAAUUGAUGGCCAUAGACAAUGAAUGCGAGAGAAUGAGUGUGUAUGUCUCUGUAUGAGCCAAGUGGAUGAAAGAUGUGAACAAGCCAGCCAUUUUGGUGUUCCUGUCCUGGUCCCAUAGUUAAUUUUCUGUGACAAAAGGUGCUUUUAUUAUUAAAAGUUAGGUUAGAGUUAGGUCUAACUCUAAUGCAUAUCAGUCUUAAAAUAACCAUGCACCUCUGGUAUGAUUUUUAUGUGGGAUGUUGCCUAUAAUCUUCAAUAUAACUAGAAUUUGUUCAGUUUCUUCCUUCUGAACAGAUUUUAUUAGACCUGUGCCAUAACUGUCUUAUACCUACAUCUACUACAUCCAUAAAUUCACAAAUGAUAAAAAUAUAUCUAGACUACUGCGUUGAUGUCUUCCUGAAUAUGGCAGCUAUAGACACAGGCUGUCAGAAUGUGGCAUCUCCUGCUCUGUAUCUAUGACCACCACAAUGUACAUGAGUGUGUGUGUGUAUGAGUGUGAGUGUGUUCAGACCUGGGUGCAUGUGCUGUCUGUCUGCACGUUUGUUGGCGUUUCAGUUGUGAUCGUUUUCAUGAAAGCUGUUAUUGAUGAACCAUAAGACCCUUGAGGUAAAAAUAUAUGUUGGACUUUUGUGAGUUGUUCCUGUGUUAUAGUAGCAGCCAUACACACAUAGCGAGGCUGAGGAGCACCUAUAGUAUUCUGUACAUGGAACAGCAUCAAUAAUAAUACAUAUAACCAAACCUCGAUGUCCACCUGUGCUGUAUUAUUGGUCAAUUUAUGACCCUUAACAACCUUAUGCUUUGAGUCAGAUUCUGACUGUCAAGAUUUGUAGAGAGUGUUUUAUUAACAAGUUCCAUUAAGCCUUUUUCUCAGGUUUGCGACUCCAUGCACGCCAUAAACAGGCUAUUACUUUAUCAGUUGUUUUUGCAUCACAAUGAAAGCAGAGGGAUCAGUCAGUGUCUGCCUUAAAGCUAUAGGCAGCAUUGUCAGUUUUCAAGUGCUUCUCUGUCUGUCUGUUAUUGUGUAUGUGGGCCUAAACUGUGUCCUAAUGUAUAUAGGUAAUGAUAUAAGAGACAUGUGGAUCGUAAAGACCUCAUCAAGGACCCUAGCGCUUUAAUUGUUCUAUGUCUCACUAAAUUGUCUAAUUUAGGCAGCCUUAAAUGGCAUCAAUAGCAAUUCUGUAUUGCCAAAGCAUAUGUAGUCAGAGAAUAAAAAAAUGUUAUAAAACAGCUGAAGACCAAUAGUGAAAUGGUUCCAGUUGUAGUUAAGGUGGCAUAUAGAGCAUAUAAUGUUUAA